AUGAGACGUGGCUACGCUCGUUCAUCUCCCUCGGCUUAAAGCAAUAUUGUUACAGAGAAGCAAGAUAUCACAAAUAGUACUGCUGGACGUAAAGAAGAUCUUUUUCUUCGGAGUCGAACGUUGUGCAGACUCUCUGCCUACGUCCAACAGAAUUUUUUUAUUCUUAGUUUUGCUCCUUUUACCUGGACUCGAAGUUAUCUCAGAGCUGUGUGUGACCUUUCGAAUCGUACCGUCUGUCUACGCUGUGCAAAAGCGCUCGCAGGCGCGAAGCGGGCCGAAGCUCACGGAAAUGACACGCCCUCCAGGUCAAGGCCACUUUUACAAAAAGAAAAAGAAGAUCAUGUGGGGAAUCUUCCUAUUUUUGAUACAAACUGAUGCUGUAAAGGUUUUACUCCAAGGACAAGAAUACAAGUGUUCAAUGGAAUUAGAUGGGAACUGCAUCACUAAAGUCACGUGGAAAAUUUCAGAAAAAUACACUCAGAAAGGAAGACCAUUCACUGUGUCAUUUAUGUCACCUGAAGGCAAAACUGAAAAUGCUGUUUUGUUGCACUAUGUGGGAUAUUACUACUGUGAGGCAGCAGGAGAUCAUACCUGUGACGAGGGCAAUAACAGCACCACUGUCAGCAAAAGCACAUGUGUGACUGGAAGACAAUACAUGCUUGCUGCUGAUGGAGAACCUGCUAUUUCUUGCACUCCCACACACAGUACAUCAGCGGCUCUAGCUGAAACUAAUAACUACACCACGAAAAAUACAACCAGUGUGAAAUUUGUAUCAAAAGAAGAUGCUUUACAGAAAGAAAAUGGUGUAAGCGGAAUCGUUGUAGGUGCAGUCGUCAUAAUCCUUGUACUCACCGCUGCUGGUGUCACGUACUGUAUAUGUCGACUACGCAGAAAGCAAAAAAGCAAAAACAGCAAUCCUGCUGACCAAAUUGAGCAAGAGGAAGCAAAUAAGCAAAUGUUAAAGGAGCAUAAUGGCGAAAGAAGCAUCAGUAUUAAAUCUGUCUAAAAACUGUAUUACAUAUGUACAAAAUAGGCAUUGGAUAAUCAUAGAACAUGCGCCUUAACUGGCAUUUCGUGGAUCAGUAUGGAACCCGCGCCUUAACUGGCAUUUCGUGGAUCAGUAUGGAACCUGCGCCUUAACUGGAAUCGCCUAAGUCUUUGUGGAACCUGCGCCUUAACUAGCAUCGCCUGGAUCAGUAUGGAACCCGCGCCUUAACUGGCAUUGCCUGGAUCAGUAUGGAACCCACGCCUUAACUGGCAUCGCCUGGAUCAGUAUGGAACCCGCGCCUUAACUGGCAUCGCCUGGAUCAGUA